CCAACAGAAAAUCUGUUGAAAGAAAGCAAAAGUGGAUCCUGGAGUCCCAUAAAUACAGGAGUGCAAAAAGGUAAGAACAUUUUGAAAUGUUUUUUUAUUAUCUGCAUUCCAAACCAGUAUGCAUUCCGAGCAUUUUUAUUACUUUUAUAUAUUAUUAUAUAUUACUUUUAAUAUUGUAGAGUCAAUAGAAGCACUGUUAUUGAUUUGAUUAGAGAUCAUUAAUCAGCUGAAAGAACACCAAUUAACCCUUUUUUUCUUCAUGAUUGUGCAUGCAUGAUUGUGUUGUUUGUGCACGAGGCAUGCUUUUUAGACAAAUACUUUUCUUUCGUGAUUUUGUUUUUGCAAGACAUAGACAUUGAGGCAAUUGUUGUCCAACUGAUAGGGUAUCAACAUGUUAUUCUAUGCGUAAUUCUCUAUUUAUUUUGGAAACCAAGUGACAUUUGUUUUCCAGAUUGCCUAUAAAAUAAAUGCUUAUUUCCCCCUUAUUUUCCCUUCACAAAUGUCUAUUAUAUGUUAUUUUGAAUAGGUAGUGGACAGAUUCAGCUAUGGCAGUUUCUCCUCGAACUCUUGUCAGACAGCGCAAACAUGUCCUGCAUCACCUGGGAAGGGACAAACGGAGAAUUCAAGCUAAUUGACCCAGAUGAGGUGGCCCGGCGAUGGGGCGACCGCAAAAGCAAGCCCAACAUGAACUAUGACAAACUCAGCCGUGCACUGCGUUACUACUAUGACAAAAACAUCAUGACAAAGGUCCAUGGGAAGAGAUAUGCUUAUAAGUUCGACUUUCACGGCUUGGCCCAGGUGUGUCAACCGUCAACAACCGAGCAAGCUCUUUAUACAUUCCAGAGUAAUUUUGCCCCCAUUCCUUUUUCAGGGAUUUCCAAGCUAAGCCUUGUUGGUCCAGGCGUUGGUCCGUCCGGAUUCUCCUAUUGGCCGGGGUCGCCACACACUCUCUACCACAAUCACAACCUCCAACCCCCGGGACCGUUUGGUGCUGUGUCUGUGUCUGCUUCGCACAUCAACUGUGUCAACAACAUCAACAACCUGAAUAAUAUCAAUAACCACUACAAU